AUGCAAUCACCUUCAAAUAGAUCAGCCACUAGUGAAGUAGAAUCUGAAGUGGACACUCCGACAUCUAGUAAAUCAUCAGAUUCACAAAAUAUUGCUAAUUCACCUUCUAGAUCGCCAUUUUUGGCAGCAUGUUCAAAACUCGAUUUAGAACCUAAUCCAUUUGAACAAAGUUUUUCAGGAGUUGCAUCUCAUAGUGAAGGCACAGGCCAAGGCACACCAAAACCAAUCUUACCUUCUGUUGCUCAACUUACUAGUCCGUCGCCUGGUAAUGAUUAUUGGAAUAUGACUCAGUCUUUGAGAAGUGGUCCUUUAUCACCCUCGAUGCUUGAAGGGCCUCAAGAACCAAUUCUUUACAAUGGCACAAUAUUACCAAAUGGCCGUACAGGGACAACACCGCUUCCUUUUAGCUCAUUUUCUGAACAAUCAUCUACCAGAUCUACUACAAUUUUUGGUGCUGUCAGCGGAAAUUCAUUUGUUAACUCGUCAGCCUCUUUGAAUUUAUCGGCAGCAAAUAAUAUGUUCUCUUCUCAAGGCGUUUUAAUGGAUUCAGAUCGUAAAACUGUUGCAACAUCAAAAACAAUAGGAAAACCAUUAAUAAAUUCAGUUCCAAAUAUAACAGUAACUGCUGAUAAUAAUAAAAUUUCCUCAACACAAUCUACUGACCUAUCAAAUGGAUCAACUAACGUCAUGAUAACGAAUCAAAUUGGUCAUCAAACAGAUAUUAAUAUUAUUCCAAAAUCAGAAAAAGACACUUAUAAUAAUAUGUCAAAUACAAAUAAUCCAAUCGCUAUUCUUCAAAAUAAUAACAAUAGCAAUAUUAUUAAUAAUAGUGAUGAUGAUGAUAUAAGUACAACAAACACAACAUUACAAAAAAAUAUAACAUCAUUCGAUCAAGAGCCAUUAUCACCACAAGAUAAAAUAAAUAGUCAUAACCAUCAUAAAUCAGUGCCUCGUAGACGAAAAACCGAUGACUUUCCUAUGGGAGAACAAUCUCCCACAAAGAAAAGUAAUCAAAAAACCAAGAAUGAAUUGACUGAUGAAGAGAAGAGGAGAAACUUUUUGGAAAGAAAUCGUCAAGCCGCACUUAAAUGUCGUCAACGUAAAAAACAAUGGCUUGCAAAUUUACAAGCUAAAGUGGAGUUUCUUACAAACGACAAUGAAAAUCUACAGAAUCAAGCACAAUCUUUACGUGAGGAAAUAUUUAAUUUAAAAACAUUAUUAUUGGCUCAUAAAGAUUGUCCAAUUACUCAAGCAAGUGGAGGCUUGACACUAGAUACAAUAACAUCUGGUAUAGGUGGGAUGCAACCAUCUAUAAACAGUGUUCCAAUAAAUAUCGGUGUUGGAAUGGUUCCUAAUCCUAUGCAAGCACCGCAAAAUCAAAGUGUUCAACAAAAUGGUGUACAUGUUCAAAUUCCUCAAAAUAUGCCUAAUCAUGGCCCACCGGGUUCUGGAAUGUUGAGAUAUUAA